AUGCCGCCUACAACCACAGCCGCAAUUGAUUCCAUGGGUAUCGAUGGUCCGAACAACACACCGUCCGGGGGUUUUGUCUGCAAGUUCGCUGGCUGUACUGCCCCGCCGUUUCAGACCCAGUAUUUAUUAAACUCCCACGCCAAUGUACAUUCCUCCGCUAGACCACAUUACUGCUCCGUCACUGGUUGUCCAAGAAGUGAGGGGGGCAAGGGCUUCAAGAGAAAGAACGAGAUGAUUAGGCACGGCCUAGUGCACGAAUCUCCAGGAUAUAUCUGUCCUUUUUGUCCAGACAGAGACCACAAGUAUCCUCGUCCCGACAAUCUCCAGAGACAUGUUCGGGUUCAUCACGUAGAUAAACAUAAGGACGAUCCGCUGUUGCGGGAGGUAUUGUCUCAGCGGCCGGAUGGUCCCAAUCGUGGCCGCCGUCGUCGUGGGAAUGGUUUUUGA